GUCAAAGAGGCCCUCGUACACCUACUCCCAUGGUAUGAAACUGGGAGGUGGAUCUUUGAAAUAGAGAAGAAAGAGAGACGAAAACUGAGAGGAGGAGGCCCCCAACACGGAAACCAUUUUCAUUUUGAAAGUAGAUGGACAUCCAGAAUUCUAGCAACCGUGGAGGAGGUUCCUCCGAAACAAGAGAAAAGAGUUACGAUGUGUAUUUGAGCUUCAGAGGACCGGAUACUCGCUGGGGCUUUGUGAAUCAUCUCACCAGAGGCUCUUACGAGAGGAGGUCCGCGUGUUCAAGGAUGAUGAGGCACUCCCCAUAGGAGAGGAGUUUGGCCCGUGGCUUCUCCAAGCGAUCAGGCAUUCCAAGAUCGCCAUUCCGAUCCUGUCAGAGAACUACCCAUCGAGCAGAUGGUGCCUCCGAGAGCUGGCUCAGAUUGUGGAGUACCACAAGACGAUGGGCCAGAUCAUCAUGCCCGUCUUCUUCAAUGUCACGCCAUCGGUCGUGAAAAACAGAUCCACGGUUACGGCGAGGCUAUCAAGUGGCAUAGAGAGCGCGGAAUCGACCCAGACACCCUCCGGAAAUGGGAGGAAGCUCUCAUCUGUGUGGGAUCCAUCCCAGGGUUGGAGAUUGAUAGCUGGUCCAAAGAGACUUUAGUCAUCAAUGUUCUUGUCGCAAAUGUGUUGAGGGCACUGAACAGAUACUUCGUUGGCAUCGAGCAUCAUGUGGAAAGAGUCAUGAAAUUACUAAAUGUGGAAUCUAGCGAUAUUCGUGUAGUUGGAAUACAUGGCAUAGGGGGCACCGGGAAGACAACAAUUGCAAGGUUCAUCUACAAAAGAAUAUUUGAUCUCUUUGAUGGCUGUAGCUUUUUGGAAAACGUUAGAGAACAUACCAAAAAACCAGGAGGUUUAGAUAAUUUGCAAGGUCAGUUGGUUUCUGACCUUCUAGGUGUAACGCAUGGACAAAUUCAUUCUGUUGAUGAUGGGAUUAAGUCCAUCAGAAGCAGACUCUUGCACAAGAAGGUUCUCAUUGUUCUCGAUGAUAUUGAACCAAGCUUCGAACUUACACCGAUUUUAAGUAUUCUUGAUUCGUUAGGCUCUGGGAGCAGGAUCAUAAUUACCACCAGAGAUGAACAGGCUUUAGAUAAGUUUGAAGUGUCCCUGAAAUAUGAGGUCGGGGGAAUGCGAGAAGAGGAAGUCGAUGAACUAUUCUGCUCUCAUGCCUUCAGGGGGAGACCUGCUCCAGCUGACUUAGCUACUCUGUCCAAAAAAAUAGUAUCGACUAUUGGCCGGCUUCCUUUGACUGUUGAGGUUGUUGGGUCAUAUCUAUAUUCUAAAAGCAAGGAGGUGUGGGAGCAGACAUUAAACGAAUUGAGAAAAGUACCUGAGCCACAAGUUCAACAGAAAUUGAUGGUAAUAAUCAAAGCAUUACCUGACAAGCAAAGACUGAUAUUUCUGGACAUUGCUUGUUUCUUCAUUGGAGAGGACAAAAGUGUUGCAUGCUACUUGUGGUCUGACCGUGAUUCCGCAAGCGGAUCGGUAUUAGAAGUGCUCAUCAAUUCAUCUAUUGUUAAGAUUGAGAACGAUAAGUUAUGGAUGCAUGAUCAACUUCGAGACCUAGGUAGGGAUAUUGUCCUAGAGAAACAUCUUAAACCUGGAAAGCACAGUAGAUUGUGGAGUCACGAGCAAGCCCGAUGUGCUGGUGAAUAAAAAAGGAACGGAAAUUGUUAGAGGAAUUCUUCUCAAAUUUGGCAGUGGGUCACAAUACAGUUUUGGACCAGCACAUUUUGCGAGGAUGUCGAACAUAAGAUUCCUUCGAUUGGAUCAGGCGAACCUCGAAGGAAAUUUUGAGUGGCGUCUGUCAAGUUUAAGAUGGCUCCAUUGGCAGGGUUGUCCUCGGCAUCUUCUUGCUGAAAAAUUGGAUUUGACGGAGUUGGUUGUUCUAGAUCUUUCUUGGAGCAAGGUCAGUGACAAAUGGAAUGGUUGGAGUGAAAUCAAGAAAGCCAAGAAAUUGAGAGUUUUGAACCUCACCGGCUGUUAUGAUAUGAUCAGAACUCCAGACUUAUCUCAUUACAAAUGUUUAGAGAGAUUGAAUCUUGAAAGGUGCAUUCGAUUGGUUGAAAUCGGUUCAUCGGUAAAAAUUCUGGAGAGGUUGGUUUCACUGAACUUGAGGUCUUGUAUUGAACUCAAUAAGUUGCCUGAAGAGCUGGGUUCCCUCAUAUCCUUGGAAGAGAUUCUUAUAGAUGGAACUGCUAUUCAAGAAAUUCCUGCCUCCAUCGGUCAUUUGCAAAAGCUUAGAAGAUUCAGUGCCUGCAACUGUCUUUCAUUGAUUCAGCUACCCGAUUCAAUUAGCCAUGUAAAAUCGCCGAGAGUCCUUGCACUACAUGGUACCAAAAUAACUAAACUUCCCCUAUCUGGAAAGUUAGAAGCGCUACAACACUUGUCAAUAAAUCAUUGUAGGUCGAUAUUGAAGUUACCAUUGUCCUUGGGGACCUUGGCUUCAUUGAUCGAACUUGAUCUAUCAAGCACUGCAAUUGUCGAAUUACCUAGUACUAUCAAUGAGUUAUACCUUUUAAGAGUGCUCAAAAUUGAUUUUACUUUUGUAAGAGAGCUGCCUUGCGCUAUAUGGACAUUGAAGAGGCUUGAAGAGCUGCAUGCUUCAAGAUGUCGGAGUUUGGAUGGGGAAAUUUCUAAAGAUAUUAAGGAUCUUUCGGCAUUGAGGGUCUUGAGGCUUGGAUACUCUCGAAUUCGUGGCCUACCAGAUAGCAUUUCUAGACUUCCCAAUCUGCAAAUGCUUGAUCUGCUUCAUUGUGACAAGCUCCAUAGAGUGCCAAAGCUUCCUCCCACUUUAAUAAGCCUAUCCGUCAGUUCUAAAUUGAUGGAUACAAUCCCAAAGAUCGGUAGCCUGGUUAAGUUGGGAGAGUUAUUCUUGGUUGAUGGAUCCCAGGAACUGGUGUUACCUGACCAAAGUCAAAUUGAGGCAAAAGGACACACUUAUUUGGAGCUCGGGAGUUUGUUAGAGCUAAAGAUAUUGCAGCUAUCUAUGUUAAAGAUCCAACUACUACCUGUUGGGUUGGAUCUCCUUCGUAAGCUCACAAAGCUCUCCCUUUGCUGCAUUCACUUGAAAAAGCUACCAUGGCUUCCUCCAGGUUUAUUCACCCUCUCACUUUGCCAGUACAAAUCAGGGACAGGAUUGCUAAAUCUUUCAUAUUUGGAGCUCCUGUCAGAAUUCGAGCUUUUCGACUGUGCAGUAAAAAAAGUUCAAGGCCUUGGGAAGUUCAAAUCCUUGCGAGUUUUCAGAAUAUCUCACUGCAACCUGCAACAACUGGAUGAGCUAGAGAAGUUGAUAUUUUUAGCAUCAUUGAAUGUUUCAUACUGUCAAAGUCUUGAGAGACUUCCUGAUCUAUCAAAACUGAAGAAGCUGAAAGAUAUUAAAAUCAAGGGCUGUCCGAAGAUUCGUGAUAUUAAAAGUUUGGAACACCUGCAUUCCUUCAAGAAGCCAACUAGUGCCAUAAUUGAGACGGAAAGCUCAUCCGAGGUUUUGUCACAGGUGGAGUUUAGCAAACCAGCUAAUACCAAACAUUCUUCCAUUCAGGGUGUCAAAUGCAAGGAUAAAGAAGCAAAAUCUUCCGAUUCUGUCAAGUCAAUAACUGAAACUAUGGGCGCUUCUUCUAACUUGCAAAAUUCUCCCUCUGUUGCAGGUUCAUCAACCACGUGGCAUAGAGUGAAGGUAAACUACAGACGUCUUGCUUUCUAUCUCACUCCAUCAAUGAAUAAUUCUGUAUUUCUUUCAGGCUGUUGCUUCCAAAUUCAGCUGUCAGAUGAUUUCCAGAACCAAGCCAACACACUCUUUUCCACAUUAAUCAAACUUAAGUGUUGAGCCAGAUAAGAGUGGACAGAAACUACUGGCAUCUCGCCAUCAACAGAGCAAGAAGAUGUGCCACUUGACAGGGCAUCAACUAUCCCUUCUUUGGCAACAAUUGGUUCUGCUGUGCCUCCUCCUGCUGCUCAACCAUAGUCAUCAUCAGCAAUGGACAAAGAUAAAGCCCCUAUAAUUGUCGAGGCAGAUUUACGUGGUGGCAGAGAGGAAUCUCUUUUCUCAAAGAUCGAGUCUCUGUUGAGUGAUGACUCAGGAGAGCAAAAUACUGGGACAGAGAUGUCACAAGCAAGUCAUUUUGAUCUUCAAGCAUACCAGAAUGCAUCGCAAGAGUUGGAAAUUAUAAUGAGUCAGGGACUCCAGGCAAUCGUGUUUAAUCCCAAGCUACUUGGUCAAUUGCAAGAAUUACUGAACUUCUUAGUCGAACAAAAUGCACCAGAGGUCUCUACUAUUGGACAUCAAUGUGUCUAUCUCAAAUUGCAGAACUUUAUUCAGACUCAGGUGACUCCUCUCUUCCCAAUAAAAGAUCCUCAUUGAAUGUGAGAGGUUAGAAAGGGAGCUCAAAAUGGAAAAGUAUCUUUUGGCGUCUGACAAGGAUGAAGUUCGUUUGAUCAAGAAACAAUGUGAAGAGAAAGCUAAGAGUGUGGCUGACAAUGAGCGAGUUAUAACCCAACUUCAAGCAGAGAUUGAGGCACGCAAGCAGACAGUUGAGAAUGCAAAGUCAGAAAUAUCAUUUCUGUCGACAAUGAGAUUGGAGAAAGUUAAGGAACUGAAGAAUUAAGUACGAGCAGGUCCUCAGUAUGAAGAGAGAGAAUCCAAGCAUGGAAAAGAAGAGAAAUCAAGCUUUGGAAAUGAUUGACAAAAUCAAUGUAGAGUGGAAUGAAUUGUAUGCGGAUAUGUAAAGGCCGAUUAGCCUCUAAAUAGGCUGGCACUUUUCACUUUCUUUUAUUUGAAUCUUCAUGUAUCGAAAACUUUUCCAUUCUGGCAAAAAACACAGGUUUGGAGUUUCAUUUGUAGUUAUUUAUCA